ACAGAUGAUGAAUAAGGUGUUUGGAGGGACUGUGCACAAAAAAAGUGUUAGAGAAGAUGGAGUUUUCAACAUUACUGUGGAUAAUACAUGUUCAUUAUUCAGGGGCCUUCAGAAGGAAGAAAUUGUUUUGCUUACACAUGGAGAUAGUAUAGACAAAGUAGCUGAUGGAUUCAAAGUUGUGGCACGUUCUGGGAACAUUGUAGCAGGCAUAGCAAAUGAAUCUAAAAAAUUAUAUGGAGCACAGUUUCACCCUGAAGUUGGCCUUACAGAAAAUGGGAAAGUGAUACUGAAGAACUUCCUUUAUGAUAUCGCUGGGUGCACUGGGACCUUCACUGUGCAGAACAGAGAACUUGAGUGCAUUCGAGAGAUCAAAGAGACAGUGGGCACAUCAAAAGUUUUGGUUUUACUGAGUGGUGGAGUAGACUCAACCGUUUGUACAGCUUUGCUAAAUCGUGCUUUGAACCAAGACCAAGUCAUUGCAGUACACAUUGAUAAUGGCUUUAUGAGAAAACGAGAAAGCCAGUCUGUUGAAGAGGCCCUCAAAAAACUCGGAAUUCAGGUCAAAGUAAUAAAUGCUGCUCAUUCUUUCUACAAUGGAACAACAACUCUACCAAUAUCAGAUGAAGAUAGGACCCCACGAAAAAGAAUUAGCAAAACAUUAAAUAUGACUACAAGUCCUGAAGAGAAAAGAAAAAUCAUUGGAGAUACUUUUGUUAAGGUUGCCAAUGAAGUAAUUGGAGAAAUGAACCUGAAAUCAGCAGAGGUUUUCCUUGCCCAAGGGACUUUACGGCCUGAUCUAAUUGAAAGCGCAUCCCUUGUUGCAAGUGGCAAAGCUGACCUCAUCAAAACCCAUCACAAUGACACAGAGCUUAUCAGAAAGUUGAGAGAAGAGGGAAAAGUAAUAGAACCUCUGAAAGAUUUUCAUAAAGAUGAAGUGAGAAUUUUAGGCAGAGAACUUGGACUUCCAGAAGAUUUGGUUUCCAGGCAUCCGUUUCCAGGUCCUGGCCUGGCAAUUAGAGUAAUAUGUGCUGAAGAACCUUAUAUAUGUAAGGACUUUCCUGAAACCAAUAAUAUCUUGAAAAUAGUAGCUGAUUUUUCUGCAAGUGUUAAAAAGCCGCACACCCUCUUACAAAGGGUCAAAGCCUGCACGACAGAAGAGGAUCAGGAGAAACUGAUGCAAAUUACGAGUCUGCAUUCACUGAAUGCCUUUUUGCUGCCAAUUAAAACUGUAGGUGUACAGGGUGACCGUCGUUCCUACAGUUAUGUGUGUGGAAUUUCCUCUAAAGAUGAACCUGACUGGGAGUCUCUUAUUUUUCUUGCGAGGCUCAUACCUCGCAUGUGUCACAACAUUAACAGAGUUGUGUAUGUGUUUGGUCCACCUGUUAAAGAACCCCCUACAGAUGUCACUCCCACUUUCUUGACAACAGGAGUGCUCAGUACUUUACGCCAAGCUGAUUUUGAGGCCCAUAACAUUCUCAGGGAGUCUGGGUAUGCUGGGAAAAUCAGCCAGAUGCCAGUGAUUUUGACACCAUUACAUUUUGAUCGGGACCCACUUCAGAAGCAGCCUUCGUGCCAGAGAUCUGUGGUUAUUCGAACCUUUAUUACUAGUGAUUUCAUGACUGGAAUCCCUGCAACUCCUGGCAAUGAGAUCCCUGUAGAGGUGGUGUUAAAGAUGGUCACUGAGAUUAAGAAGAUUCCUGGUAUUUCUCGAAUUAUGUAUGACUUAACAUCAAAGCCCCCAGGAACAACUGAGUGGGAGUAAUAAAUUUCUUGUUGUAUCAAAGUACUGUGUGCAGUUUAAA